UGUCUUUUUUUUCUCUCUUUCCCUUCCCCUCCCCUUUCUCCUCCCCUCUCUUUCUCCUCUAUCUGUUGUGUUCUGACCAGAGCAAAGAUCAAGGUGUGUCUAAAUGGCAAACUCUCAGAGAAGACUUUAUCCCUAGAUCAAUCUCUCCCCCUGCCAGGUGCUGUGCUCCUUCUUAAGCAAAACUGAAAGUGUUCUACAAAAUUGUCAAAAAUCAAGACAGAAGUGCUUCUUAAGUGGUAACACUGCCCUUGUUCAGUCAGCCCUGACAGCACAGAAGAAGAGGUACUUCUAAGCACCCUCCACCAUCACUAUUGCCGCCAUGCAGGCAGUCAAGAAACCCCCUGUCCUGAUGGCAAGGAAGGGCCUAAAGGAUUGGUGCUAUUCUACUGGUCUGUUCAGUAUUCAGACUGAGAAAGCUGUUACGAUUCAGAACAUCUGGUAUGGGAGUGUGAAGUGGGCCAUUUUUGUGAUCAUCAUCAUCUACAUUUGCUUUUGUCUGUGGAGUGAGAAAUUGUAUCAGCGCAAGGAACCUCUGAUCAGCUCCGUGCACACCAAAGUUAAAGGAAUAGCAGAGGUGACUGUAGGGAAUAAGACCAGAGUGUUUGACCCAGCAGAUUACACCUUUUCCUUGAAGGGAAAUUCAUUCUUUGUGAUCACCAACUUUCUAACUACAGAAGGCCAGAUGCAGGGGAUUUGUCCAGAGUUUCCCACCAACCAGACUUGCUGUUCUUCGGAUAAAGAUUGCGAAAAGGGGAGGACUGAUCCACUGAGCAAAGGGAUUCAAACGGGAAAAUGUGUAAAAUAUAAUGUGACCAAGGACCACCCAAAGAUCCAAGACCUCCCAGAUGUUUGUAAGCACCAAAAGACCUGCGAAGUCUCUACCUGGUGUCCUACAGAGGCAAGAAAGAAGACUCCUCAGCCGGCAGUCCUGGCCAGUGCUGAAAACUUUACCGUCCUCAUAAAGAACAGCAUUCACUUCCCAGGGUUCAACUAUGGCACAAGAAAUAUCCUGCCUGAAACGAACAUUUACUGUACAUUUCACAAGACCCUCAGACCAGACUGUCCAAUUUUCCGGUUGGGAGAUGUUUUACAGGAAACAGGGGCCAAUUUUUCAUCUGUGGCCGUUCAUGGUGGAAUUGUGGGCAUUGAGAUCUACUGGGACUGUAACCUAGAUGCUUGGUUCCACUCCUGCAGCCCCAAAUAUAGUUUCCGUCGCCUGGAAGAUACAAUGAUCUUGAAGUCUUCGGACCCAGAGAAUAGUUGGUUAGCUUCAGUUUUAUCAGGAUCUUUCAGAUAUGCCAAAUAUUAUAUGGAAAAUGGUAUAGAAAAACGAACUCUCAUCAAAGCUUUUGGGAUCCGAUUUGACAUUCUAGUUUUCGGCACAGGAAGAAAAUUUGAUAUUAUUCAACUGGUUGUGUACAUUGGGUCCACCCUCUCCUACUUUGGUUUGGCCACAGUGUUGAUUAACUUUCUUAUUCAGAUGUACACAAACAAAUGCUGUCGAUCUUGGCUUUAUCCUACUUGUAAGGUCUGUGAGUCCUGUUCUAUCAAUGAAUACUACUAUGAAAAGAAAUAUGAAACCAUUGGCCAGCCUAUACCGACAUCAAGGUAUGUUUCCUUUGUGGAUGAGCCAUACAUUAGGCUGGUAAAUCAAGAUUCACUAAUGGAAAGUUUGCAAGAUAUGGAGGGUAAAAAAAUUUCAAGACCUCAGAAGGAUUUCAAAGACUUGGACAAGAUGUCCCCCCCGUCACACCCUGACACCAGCCCCAGCUCUGUAGAAAUUCAACUCCUUAAUAAAGAGCCAAGUCCUCCAUCCCAUUCCAGGACUGAAUGGUGCUGCUGUGGGCACUGCCGCCCGUCCCAACUCCCAGAGAGCAACAAGUGUCAGGAGGAGCUGUGCUGCCGCAGGAGGGAGGGUCCCUGUAUCACCACCUCGGCCCUCUUUGAGGAGCUGGUCCUCUCUAGGACCACCCUGCGCUCCAUCUUGCUCUACCAAGAACCCUUCCUGGAGAUGGAUUCAGAUGCCCUGAACGACCGGCUCCGGCACUGUGCCUACGGGCGCUACAUCGACUGGCGCUUUGGGUCCAAGGACAUGGCUGACCUUGCCAUCCUGCCCAGCUGCUGCCGGUGGAAGAUCCGGGAACACUUUCCCAAGCAGGAUGGAAAGUACACUGGCUUCAGGAAUCCUAACGGACACAAACAGUCCUGGAGUGGGCUAACUCUUAGAGAUCAUUCUUUUAGGGACUCACCCGUCUAACGAUUUACAUUAACUUUUAGGCAAGGAAACAUGUGCUUUCCUGCCUUGAAGCUCUGAAUGCAUCAGCAUGCACAACAUCCAACAGGAAAAGCAACAGAUUGAGAGUUAGGAGACCUGGGUUCUAGUCUCUGCUCUGAUAGAGUUUGGUAGUGACUUAUUUGGCCCUACUCCUUAGUCUCCAUAAUUCAAUAUCUGUAUUUGCAAAAUAGAAAAAAAAAAAGUAAUACCUGUCUAGUUUAUCAGCCUUGGCAGUAUAAUUUAUCCCCUUAUCUGUCAUUGUAUCUGACAGUAGCUAGAUGGUGCUGUGAAUUGAGCUCUGCCCAUGAAAUCGGAAAAUCCUAAAUUUAAAUCUGUCUUCAAGGAGCAGCUAGAUGGCACAGUAAAUAGUCUGUAGACAAUUGGAGUCUAGAAGGCCUGAAUUCAAAUGUGGCCUUAGAUACUUAACACUUACUAGCUAUGUGUCAUAUAAUCCCAAGUGCCUCAAA